CUAGGUGGGGGGGGGAGCCCGGCCCCGGCCGCUCCGGCCGCACAACAAUGACUUUGGGCAGCAGCAGCGGCGGCGGCGGCUGCGGGAUCAUGUCCGAGCGCUCCCCGGAGGAAGAGCCGCUCUCCGAGGUGGAGGACGCGGAUAUCGACGUGGUGGGCCCGCCCCAGGAUGGGGGCAAGUACAGCGAGGACGAGGAGGACGACGACGAGGAGGACGAGGAGGACGGAGGCGAUCCGCUGGGGCUGGCCCUGCCGCGGAGCGGGACCGCCAAGGCGCGCAUGGGGGGGUCCCCGGAGCGGCUUUCCCCCGCCGGCGGCUCGGAGCCGGCCUGUGCCCGCGGCGCCGCGCCUGGGGAGAAGGGGCCGGCGGGUGGCGGUGGCGGCGGCGGCGCGGGGGGGAAGAACCCGCUGGUGAAACCGCCCUACUCCUACAUCGCCCUCAUCACCAUGGCCAUCCUGCAGAGCCCCAAGAAGCGACUGACGCUGAGCGAGAUCUGCGAGUUCAUAAGCGGACGCUUUCCCUACUACCGGGAGAAGUUCCCCGCCUGGCAGAACAGCAUCCGCCACAACCUCUCACUCAACGACUGCUUCGUCAAGAUCCCCCGGGAACCCGGCAACCCGGGCAAGGGCAACUACUGGACGCUGGACCCCGAGUCCGCCGACAUGUUCGACAACGGGAGCUUCCUGCGUCGGAGGAAGCGCUUCAAGCGGCAACAGCAGCUGCACCCGCCGCACCCCGAGCUGCUGCUGCGGGCCGGGGCCGCUGACCCCGCCGCCUUCCUGCCUGGCUUCGCCUACGGACCUUACGGCUACAACUACGGCCUGCAGCUCCAGGUAUCCCCACCACCACCAUCCCGGCGGAGGCGGCGGCGGGCGGCGGGAGCCUUCCCUUUCCCGGCGCCGCACUGCCCGUUACCGGCUCCGCCGCCUCCCGCCGCCGCCUCCGUUUUCUCAGCCGCCUCGGGGCUGCCCUCCUUCCUGGGCGGCGAGCUGAACUGCAGGAAGUCCUUCUACCAUCCCCAGCUGAGCCCCACCGCCCUGCCCGCCGCCCUCCUCCAGACCCUGAAGCCGGACCCGACGCCCGCCGGCGGCGGCGGCGGCAGCGGCGGCGGCAGCACCAACCACCCCUCCCGGCCUUCUUUUUCCAUAGACAACAUCAUCGGGGGGGCCGUGCCCCCGCCGCCCAGCACCAACCCCAGCGCCGCGCCCGCCGCGCCCUACCCCGCCGGCCAGGCGGGCCCCCCGGCACAGGUCCUGGCCGUGCUCAGCCCCGCCUUGGCCCCGGCACAGCCCCAGGUCAGCCUGGCACACGAGCCGCUCCUGCAGCCGACCCAGAACUUUUCCAGUAAAAUCACAACUCUGAGCAGCUGUCAUUUUUAAA